AUGUCUUUGGUAUCUUAUGAUAGUUCAGAUUCUGAUGAAGAAUAUGAAAAGACAAUUGCUACAAAAUCGACGCCUAAUGAAAAAUUGUUUCAGCAUGCUAGAAGAAUUCCUGAAGGGAAGAGAAUUUAUGAAGAACGAGAAAACAACUUACUUUUAAAUAUGGACGAUAAGAUUCAUCAAAAUGUUAAUAGAGAAAAAGAUGAUGCUAACCGAGAUAAGGGUUCACCAUCAAAACACUUCAGUGGACCUGUAAUGCUUAAUGAAAUUUUGCCUGAUCCUCAUCAUGGGAGAAAUAUUUUGCCAAAAAAAUCAAAACGUUCAGACAUAGAGGCUGAGGUUGUAUAUGGCAGCGAGAAACCAAACGUUGAUGAUACUUCAGCUGCCGAUUUACAAUUUGAUGCAAACAAUGUUAAUACCGAUUCCAUUUCGCUUUUUAAUGUGUCAGCUCCUUAUAAGGAGUCGCGUGAAGGAUAUACCUCGGAUGAACAAAAUUAUGAACCCGUGUUUGUGAAACCUCAACGAAAGAAACAGCGUGUAAGUACACAAUCAUUAAAAGAAGGGGACAUUACUUCGUUGCAGCCAUUCAGCCAUACACGAGAUACCGAAAAACCGCCGUCAUCUGAAGCAGACAUUAUCGAAGGAAGACGGAAAGAAAAGGUCCGGCUCAUUGACGUCGACAUGAAUCAACUACCUACGGUAGAUCCUCAAGAAGCCACCUCUGUAACACCAUCAAUAAAAAGCGUAGCUCCUGGCCGUCAUCAACUAUCGUCGUUGGUUGGAAUGGCUGUUAGUCAAAAGGAGAGUUUUGAAACGUAUUUUGAGCAGCAACGAGCAAACAAGAAGGCUUCCUCAAAAAGUUAUGGAUUUUAA